GAUAAUAAAAAUAAUAGAGAAUCAAGAGAAAAAGAAGAGUCGAGGAAACUCUGGAGAGAAUGUACUGUUGUUCGCUACGAGGACGACCAUAACCACGACUCCAGCUAUAUUCUCAUCGCUKGUCGCUGCGAACAACGUCAAAAUGCCUCGAGUUGAUCGACACAGUUUCAAGCUAAGGAAUCCUUCCUACAACCCCCACCUUGGUAUACGAGGAUUGGUUGUCAUGACUUCACUAGGGAACAACGCUCCGAACAGAGCGUUUACCAACGGAUGUAUCAUCCGCCAUGACGCCAUCUUCAAAGCUGCAUGGGACUGGUUCAUUCUUAUCCUUGUCAUGUACACAGCAAUCGAAAUACCAUAUUCCGCCGCAUUCCUACUUCCCGACGAAAUACGCUCCAGAAAGCAUCCCCCGGAUCGAUUCUCAGCGUUACUGAAUGGCUCCCCCCUGGCAGUUUGUAAUCUAUGCGUGGAUCUUAUUUUUGUCGUAGAUAUCCCUAUUAACUUCAGGUCUACUUACAUCAACGAGGGAACGGAGGAACUGGUCACUCAGCCAAAGAGAAUUGCAUGGCAUUACUUCAGGAGCUGGUUUAUGAUUGAUCUACUAUCUGCCAUACCCUUUGAAUUUAUGAUUGACACAGAAAAAGAAGGGGCCACAACACUAAUGGGUUUGCUCAAAACAGCUCGACUUCUUCGAUUAGUCCGAGUGGUGCGAAAACUCGACCGAUACUCCGAGUAUGGUCAAGCCGUCAUCAUAUUACUAACAUGCUUAUUCCUACUCGUCGCUCAUUGGCUAGCAUGUAUCUGGCAUGCUAUUGGUGAAGCAGAGUAUGGGAAAUAUGAUUAUGGUUGGAUUACCAGGCUCUCUCGUCAGAUCAGCGGCUCGUGUAAUACAAGUGUCACUGGUGAAAGCCCUAGCGCCGAGACACGCUACGUCACAGCUCUUUAUUUUACCAUGACCAGUUUAUCUAGUGUUGGGUUUGGAAAUAUUUCACCGAAUACCAAUGCAGAGAAAGUUUUCUCUAUUUGUGUUAUGAUUGUUGGCGCUUUGAUGUACGCAUCCAUAUUUGGUAACAUGACAGCCAUCAUCCAAAGACUCUAUUCCCAGACCUCUCGCCAUCACAGGAAUCUGAGGAUUGUACGAGACUUUAUAAGGUUUUAUAAAAUACCGGCCAACCUUCGCGACGACUUGGAGGAAUACUUUAGACACGAGUGGUCUUAUACGAAAGGAGUUGACAUCGAUAAGGUACUAAAUCGGUUUCCAGAAUCUCUACAAGCCGAUAUCUGUGUACAUCUUCAUAAGAAACUUUUUGCAGAGUGUACUGCUUUUCGCGGUGCAAGUGAGGGAUGUCUUCGUGCUCUGUCGAGGCGCUUCGACAUCCGGAGAUUGCUUCCAGGACAGUACCUCAUAAAACAAGGCGAUGAAGUAAAGAAGCUGUAUUUCAUAGCUAAAGGUUUUAUGGAAGUUAUACGUGAUGGGAAAAUCAUACUUGUCCUCGGAAAAGGAGACGUGAUUAGCUGUGAAUAUGGCUCGUUCGCGUGCACAACAUUCGUCCCUGCUAAAGCUAACGCAAGCCUAUUGGUUCAAACUUAUUGUCAAAUCCACGUGGUCGAUUGGCAGGACUUACUAGCUGUGCUCAAGGUCUACUCAGACUUCCGAGAAAACUUUACGCAUCAUUUGAAGCUAGCUUACAACCUUGGAAAUGUAGAAGAGGAGGAUAAUUUUGAGGAGUAUUUGAGUUCCGAAGCAAGUCCUGGUAUCGUYGAUCUUAACCACAUCGAGAUGAAACCUCUACGCUCAAAGAACAGGAAUCCUAAAACGAGCUCAGCACGCGUACCUGACCUUUCAGUCAUAGAGAACAAAAUCGACAAACUCGAGCUAAAGAUGGACGAAAUUGAUAAGAAAUUCUCGGAUAUGAUGAGCAAAAUUUUGCCUUUUAUCAAGAGGAUGACAGAAAAAACAGCAGCGGGAGAUAGAAUAACAGAGGACGUGGAUUAUGAAUGUUAAGCUAUUUUUAUGGCACAAGAUAAGUAUUUAUAAGAAAAUUAAUUAUAGUGCUUCUUUAUUCUUUUUUAAAACACACUUCACUUUGAAUGGCAAAGGAAUUGCGGAACAUAUGAAUAAAGCAUAUUUUGGAAAUUCAACUUAAGUAAACAAAUUAAAUCAAGUUUAUAUUACAGUCAAGGAGCAGUUGAAUAAAACAAAGAUAUUAAAUUCACCUUUGAGCGCUGGCCCAAAACGUGUYGCAUUGUGUUACGGUCACCAAAAAGUUCGGACAUCAUUCUAGGAUUCCCAUACAACUUCACUGAAUUUAAAAAGAAAAUUCAGGUCUAUUUCUUUAGUUACUUUUCUAAAUAGGAGUAAAAGCUUUAAUCAAGUUAGAAAAAUGAUAUUUUGCUUGUAUAUAGAGAGCUAACUAAACAAACCGAGUAAAUAAUUUGUUCAAAAGUCAGUACAUUGGUCUGGAAAUCUUCUUGGUGACCGUAACAUAAUCCAACACGAUUUAUACCACGUGAUGGGUAGCGCUGAAGAGGGAAAUUGAAUAGAACCCUUUUUGUCUUGGGCCUAAUCUUUUCCCAGUUUCAGACCACGUGACAUUCUCUUUAUAAUAGGAUACUUUAAAUUUAGUGUUUUGAGUUGUGUCCAUAUUCAUGUUUCUUCUCAUGCACAACUGUUAAACAAAGAAAUAAUAUUAUAGGGAAUGACACGUGGCCUGGUCUGAAAUGGCCAAGCUAAAGAGGUUUAUUAACGUMGCCAUGGAUUUGAGCUUUUCUAUCAGUUUUCUGUGUACAAAACCCGUGUAAAAAGGAAGGAUUUUAGGAUACUAAAAUGAUAAUCCAAAUAUGGAUCGAAAAGAGAGGUGAAAAAUGAGCCAUAGAGUUUGCAUGUUGAAUUGAAUGGUCAAGAAAUGAGGUACACUUGAGUUAAGCUUAAAUUUACCCGGCGUYGUUAUGUUCAGCUUGUCGUCACGUGAUCAUUUGUCUCCUGAUUGGAUGAUAGAUUCUUAAUGCCAACCAGAAGGAGUUGCUUUCAUUACUGCUAUUUCGGAUGCAAAUUUUCACUGGCAAUUUUACUGGUUUUUUUUAUGACAAUCAAUUCAAAUUAACCUCUUCGCCGGCGUAUAAUCCAACAUCACAGUCCUACGAGUCUGCUAUAAACAGGUGUUACCAUAGAGAGUCACUACAAUGCAAUAUCUAAGCAAAUGAAGACAGUCGAUAUCAGACAGUGAGACCCGCCUGGUCAUAAAUACAGUAAUGGCCAGAAAAUAUAGGAAAUCCCCAAAGGCACAUGAGGAGUAAAAUUGUACUUUAACUUAUGAGCUAAAAGUAAUUACAAGAUAUUUUGAAACAGAUAUAUAUAUACAUAUAGUGCUUAUAUGUCGGUAAUCAAUUUCUCUCUGUAAGAUAUACUUUUGUCUAUUUAUUACUCAGUACUAAUAUCAUUAAUAUUAAUAAUAUUUAUAAUUUAUGAAAGACCUCGUUGCUUGAGGUUUGCCCACUGCCAAAAAAAAAAAAACCAACA